AUGCGGUGUCUUCUGGAGGCUGGCUUCUUGUGGCAGGGAUAUUCGCUAGGAAUUCUGAUUGGGGUACGGAAUGGUGCCAAGAAGAAGAGGGAGAGAUGCAGGGAAUUAAAUGCGGACAUGGAUGAGCCGCGAAGAGGCUGGCGAGGCUGUGAGUCUGGAGUACAAGAGAAUCUCAUGGCGAAUGUCAAUCAAGGGAGUGUGGCGAUUGGCGCAUAUUUGCGGAACGCGCGUCGGUUAAAUCUUUACGAAACAAGUCUAAAGGCGACUGUUUAUGGCAGUCAGCAGUUGCCAGAACCGCGGCAAGUCAGGUCUCCGCGGAUAAUGACAGAUAUGCCCUCUUGA